AACUGCGUAAGGAGCGAAAGACGCCGAAGAAGCCAGGAGCGCCACGCAUGCGCUCAUGGAGUGAGGCGCUGGAGCUGCGAAGCUGGGGAGGGUUGACUAAGAAGAGGCUCUUGGGGCGAAGCUGUUUUCCCCUCUCCUCCCCCCCUCCCUCCUGAAAAAGCGGGCGGGGUGGGGAGAGAGAGAGAGAGAGAGAUGUAGGAGGCCUCGGAGAAUUCCACGCUCCUUUUAUGCAGGGGCAAAGGCAGCCGCUUCCUACAGGCUGGAGCUCAAAGUGGUGUGCCUGGUUAUCUACCCAGUCUUCAUGUAAUAUUCAUAACAACCCUGCGGGGUGCCAUCUGCUGGCUGCCAGCAUGCCUACCCUGGAACCUGAGCAACUGACCAUCAGAGAAAUGAGAGAGGAGGAGACACCAAUUGUCUUGGAGCUUCUGAAGGAUGGAUUCAAGGAUACAGAGAACCGCCUGAUCCUCUAUGUGCUGACGCGGCCUCUGGCUUUGCUGCUGAUGGCGGUGGUGAGCAGCGGCCUGCGUUUCUUCCUGAACUCGUUUGUGGUGGCUCUCGUGCUGCCGGUCCUGCUCACCGUGGUGGCUCUGAAGCUUCUGCUGUGGCGCUCGCCAGACUUGAGGCACCUGCAUGCCUACUACAGCACAGGGCAGCGCGGGCUGUGGGUGGCUGUAUAUGACGAGGACGACGUGUGUGGCUGUGUGGCUCUGGAGCCCUGCGGCGGGGAACCACGCACGGCGGAGCUCAAGCGCCUGGCUGUGAACCGGUGGUACCGGCGCUCUGGUGUGGGCCGCUCCCUCCUCAGCUUCCUGGAAGCUCACGCUCGCGCCCAGGGCUUCAAAUUCUUAGUGGCCCAGGUCUCGGUAGUCACCAAGGCGGCGAUUGGGCUCUUUGAGAGCACUGGCUACAACAUGAGUGGUGGGCGGCGGUGGCUGGGCUACACCAUACAGCAGGAGUUCAGCAAGGAGCUCUAGUUGGUCUGCCUGCCAGUUAGC